AUGAGUGAGAAAGCUCGCCACGCAUUAAGCCAAGGUUUAAUUUGGACAAGUAGUCAUGAAGCUGCUUGCGGUGUUACUCUGAAACCUACAAGAUAUCUUAUAGCAGGUAGAAUUCGUGGAGAAAAACCAUUUGUUUCUUUGUGCCAUUUCGUUCAAGAGUGGGCAACACUUUCCUCCAAACAAAAGAAAGGUUUCCGUAAACUCUAUCAACAAGGCUGCAAAUGCAGAGUUCGCAUGCCUUCAUUUGUUAAAAAUCGGCGUGAACCUUAUUGUUUAUGGGACACUUAUCAGGCUAAAAAUGAUUGUCAAAGUCUGUAUUCUUUGUGUUCUGCCCAAUACCAUAAUGAGACUGAAGCAUGUUCAUGGGUGAGCACUUCCCAAUAUCGUCGAUGCAUGAAAGAAAGAAAAUAUGAACCUUAAACAUUUUGUAGUAGAUCUGAUAUUUAAUUUUCACUUUCAUUCCUCUUAGAGACUUUCAUUUUUAUCUUUAUUUAAUAAUUAUCAUUUUUCAGUCUCUUACAUUUGAAUUUCUUCUGCGUUACUAUAGAAACACAUUUUGUAGUUCCAUUUUCUAAGAGAAAUGUGUAAAAAAAAAUUUUUUUUUUUUUACCGCUUUUAAUGAAAAAUAAUUUUUAGCGAUAAUUUAUUGAAAACGUUUUCAUUUUUAACUUUGAAAUGUUAAUAAAAUUGUAUGUGUCAUAAUUCUUUUUAGCUGAUAAUUUAUGUUUUUUAAGCAAGAAAAAGUACGAAACAGAGUACUUCUAUCCAUCUAAAAUUUUUUUUAUUAUUAAUAAUUCUAUUUUUCAUUUUAAAUUUAAACUUGAUUUGAGGAAUAUUAAUUUUUUAAGUAUUAAACUGCAUUUAAGUAUUAGAAAUCCAUUAAUAAUUUUUUAUCUACAAUUUUUAGCGACAUAUUUUUGUCCUUUUUAAUUUUAAAAUUUAAAACAAUUGUUUUUUUUCGAAUAAGUACAUUUUGGUAAAAAGCAAGGCAAUAUUUAAAUAAAACAUUUUUGCUUAAUCGGUAAUAACAUAGUUAAUUCUCAAGCACUACUUUAAAUUUCAUGCAGCAUUAAACCUAAUUUUAACAUAUUUCUUAAAGAAAAUGUAAGUAUAAAUUUAUGUUUUUGUUUCAUAAUUUGGUGUUUCCUCUAAGAUUUUAUAUAGUAUUGGUUAUGUUUUGUGCGUCCUAGUGUGAAAGAUGGAUUCAGUAUUUCAAAAAAACUAUAACUUAAUUUUUCUUGCAAGUUUUCAUUGUUAUUGUAAUAUUUGUUUACGGGUGGAAUACCCAAGUUUUCUUACUUGUUUCUUUGUAAAUAUGGUUUUAUUAUUUUUUUUAAUUAUUUUCUAUGUACGCACUAUUAUGUAUUGAUGUUAUGAAUGACGAAUUAUGCCAACAUUUUAAGGAUAUAAAAAAAAAUUAAAAAAAUCGUGAUUUAACUUCAAAAUUACGAAAAUAUUAACGAUUUUACGAUUUCAGAGAAAAUUAUGUUAUUUUAUGGAUUCUUAAAUUCAUGCAAGAGCACUGGCAAUUUUUAAAAUUUUAUUAUUCUAAGUGCCAACUUUUUUUUUCAUUGACGAGUAUAAUUAUUACAGAUUUCCAUUUCUACUUAAAACUAACAAUUUGUUCGCUUAAACUUGUUUUAUUAUAAAAUCUAACUUAUAGUAAUUUUUUUUCGAAGAAAAAUAGUUAAAAUUUUGCCUGAAGAAAUUUAUUAUAUUUGAAAAUUUAAAACUGAUUUUCCUAUUUUUUUUUAACUCUAUGCCGUCAUAGGCAAUAAUUAGCAGUUUGUAAACAUUUUCAAAUAUACUUCUAGUGUUAAUUUAUACCGAACAAAAUAUUUUAUCUUAUUUGUUCUUAUAUAACAAUAUUCAAAAUAAUAAAUUUUUAUUCAUUUAUUCAUUAUUUUUUUUUUGUCGCUGAAAAUCAAAUUUAAAAAUUUAUGGAGACUUUUCUUUUGGAAUGUGAAGUGAGAUAUUGAAUAAUAUGACUUUAAAUUGAAUAAUGUGAUUUUCUGAAUAAAAUGCCUCUUUUUAAAAAAUAUUAACAUAAUUAUGUGGGUUUUCUAGUUUAUGUUUUACAAUUAAUCAUUAAGUUUUAGACUUCUUGCCAAAAAUAUAUGUUAGUCUUGGCAAUUAAUCGACAUAUUUUAUUGAGUUCCAGCCUACAUAAAAACUAUUAAUAACCGCUGCAUGUAUAAAGUAUCAUUUAAUAAAACUAAUAUGAUACCAUUAAAAAUUAAUGUCAAUAUAAUAAUAUAUUUGAUAUAUAUUACAAAUAUAUAUAUAAUCUUUUUCUAAUUUGAUGCUAGUAUAAUGUACAGUGAGCCAAGAAAAAAAAAUGGACCACCCUGGAUAACUUUAUAUUUAACGAUCUGAUCUUCGCAUUCUAGGACUCAAUCUUAAUGACUCGAAUGGAUGACCUCAAAUAUGUUGAUUAAAAGGUACAGGCGAUGUUUUAAGCUACGAAAUCAGGCAAAAAAAUAAACUUUCUCUAAAUAAACAUACCUUUUUUUUUUU